GAUGAGUCCGUGCGCAUCGUCGUUCCAUGGACUGGUAGAUUCUGCGUGGCUGUGUUCAAAGAUGGGAGCGAGAAGGAGGUCGCAGGCUUGCUGUGCACCGACGAGGACAGGGCGUCGAUCAAGAGAGCUCGAUUCAUUCGCAUCCACGGGCUCUCGGACAACCCUGAGUACAAUAACAUGUUCGGGAUCGCGUGCAAGUACAUCGAGGACAUUCGGAGGUGGGUCAUCAAGGUGGACGACGGGCAGAAGGUGAAGGUCAAGGCGGAGAACCUGGAGGUGGCCAACUACAUGAGGCCAGGGCAAGGGUUCAUCCCCACGAGGGCGAACGAGUCCUUGCGGGAUGUGGUGGUGUUGAGGAAAUGGUGCCAUGACGGACAGAUGUGGUGCGUCGACGCGCCUCUGAAGCCAGCGGCGGGGCAGUUCAUGGUCAAGCUCGCCGAGUUCUUGCAGCCGACGAUGGACGGCGCCUACCUCGAGCACGCGCGCCUGCAAGCACACAACGAGGACAAAUCCGACGGUGAGGUCGCGGCUGCGGUCGACGGUGACGCCGCGGCGGUCGCGACCGCGACCGACGGCGAGGCCGCGAAGGCGGGCCGCAAGAAGAGGAAGGGCUGCGCCAAGGUGGGGGCCAUGCGCAAGAGGCCAGCGAUGGCCUGCAAGAGGCCAGCGGCAGCCGACCCCCUACCAGCAGCUGGCGCAGCAGAUGAUGGACCACCAGCUGAUGAGGCCGCGGCUGACGCCAAGAGCAGCCACACAGGGCUCGACGAGACGUACAAGCAGGGCAGGGUGUACACGAACACCACCGUGGGCGAGUACACGGUCACGAUGACGAAGCAAAAGAAAAGGCACGACAUGGCCAUCGUCUAUGCCCCUGGCAAGAAGCAGCUCUUCCAGGUCAGCGAGAGCAGCACCAAGCUGGACAUCGAGAUCGCGUUCAAGGUGGCGAUGGACAUCGCCACUGCCAUUGUGGACGGCAAGGUCGAGCCCGAGAAGAGCGCCCUGCAGGCCUAUCGGGCAGAGCUGCUGCUGAAGCAGCUCAAUGAG